AUGUCGUCAACACGUCCCACGGACGGCCGACCCGUCGUGAUUUCCGGUCCCUCCGGAGUCGGGAAAGGCACACUAGUCCAAAAGCUGUUCGACUCGCACCCAGACACAUUCGCCUUCACAGUCUCGCACACAACUCGCGCACCCCGUGCCGGCGAAGUUGACGGCAUCAACUACUUCUUCGUCACCCCGUCGGCAUUCGCAGAUCUUGUCUCCGAGGGCGGCUUCGUCGAGCACGCGACCUUUGGCGCGAACCAGUAUGGCACGAGUCGACGCACGAUCGCGGACCAGAAUGCCAAGGGGCUUGUGGUGGUGCUGGAUAUUGAAAUGAAUGGCGUCAAGCAGAUGAAGGCCAACUCGAGCAUCGAUGCGCGCUAUGUCUUUAUCAGCCCGCCCAAAUUUGAGGCGCUCGAGACGCGUCUUCGGGGUCGUGGUACUGAAUCGGAAGAGUCGAUUCAGAAGAGGCUUGCUCAGGCCAGGGCUGAGCUUGAUUAUGCUGAGACGGGUGUCCAUGAUAAAAUUAUUGUCAAUGAUGACCUCCAGGUGGCUUUCAAAGAGCUGGAGGAUUUCAUCUUUCAGGGGUAG